GCGUGCCCCGCGCGUUUUCUUCCUUCCCUUCUUCCUUCCUGCAGCCUCGGCCCUUCUGCCGUUAAAAAGGAAGAUGAGAAGCCGCGGCAGAAGCCCGCCGACACCGACACCGACACCGACCCGGGACCGAGUCUGACUUCCAGCGGAAUGGCGGCGGAGCGGCUGCCGACGGACCGACGCCCCGGCGCAGCCGCUGUUUCCCGGCCUUGAACCCGUUGCGAGCGCCGCUGGAGUCCCGGAGCUGCGGAGCCUGCCGGGCCGGGCCGGGCCGAACUGAGCCGUGCUGAGCCGUGCUAACCGUAUCCCGCCCGCCGUGCUAACGAUGCUCAGCUAACGUUGUAGCUGCAGGACUGAAGUUAGACUGCACCACAUCCUGAAACCAGACCCGAUCUUCUGCUGUCCCCCCUUCAGCAGUUGGCUGCGUGUCCGUGCAGCAUGGAGCGCUCCGGGAGCAUCCAGCUGGACAUCCCCGACUUCAGCAACUCGGUCCUGUCCCACCUCAACCAGCUGCGUGUUCAGGGCCGCCUGUGUGACAUCGUGGUCAACGUGCAGGGCCACAGCUUCCGGGCGCACAAAGUGGUGCUAGCGGCCAGCUCGCCGUACUUCAGGGACCACAUGUCGCUGGGCCAGAUGAGCACGGUGUCUCUGACGGUCAUCCGCAGCCCGCCGGUGUUCGAGCAGCUGCUGGGCUUCUGCUACACGGGCCGCCUCUGCCUGCAGCUCGCCGACAUCAUCAGCUACCUGACGGCCGCCAGCUUCCUGCAGAUGCAGCACAUCAUCGACCGCUGCACGCAGAUCCUGGAGGGCAUCCACCUCAAGAUCAGCCUCGCCGACCUGGAGGCGGAGCCAAGGAGUGAGGACGGGGCCCCGCCACGGGGAGCCAGCUCGCGGAGCGGCCGGACUCUGGAGGCGGUGGUGCGAGCCGGCGGCCUGCGGCUGCUUGGCGCCCGGGGAUCAGCGGAGGCGUGUGAGGCGGUCAGCCCCGCCGAGGAGCCGCUCAGCCCGGCCCCGCUGCCGCUGGAGGGGCCCGGCGCGGCGUCCAGCAGCCGAGCGGGCCGAGAGCCAAUCCUGCGGAUCAACCGGGCCGGCCAGUGGUACGUGGAGACGAGCAGCGAGCCGGAGCUCGGGGGCAGCGGCGAGGACGGCAGCGGGAGCGGCGAGCGGGUCAGGAUCAAGACGGAGCGGAUGGAGGAGUGGAUCGGAGCGGGGGAGCACCAGGAGGAGGGGGGGGCGGCCGAGGAGGGGGGGGGCACCAUGAUGAUCGACACGUCAGGACGCAGCACGCUGCUGACGGCGCCCGGCGGAGCGGCCGCGAGCCGCAGCGCACAGCCGUCCUCCAGCUUCAGCGAGACGGACAGGUUCAGUCCCAGCGGCAGCGUGGUCGUCCUGUCAGAGCGCCAGAGAGCCAAGAGUGAGUCUCCGAGCCGGGCGGACGACCUGCGGCAGCCAAACUCACAGGGGGAGGAGCACGCAGCGCUGGAUAUGGGCGGCUACGAGGACUACCUGCGGGAGCAGGUGGGCGACCGCUGGUUCCGCUACAACCCGCGGCUCACCUGCAUCUACUGCUGCAAGUCCUUCAACCAGAAGGGCAGCCUGGACCGCCACAUGCGCCUGCACAUGGGCAUCACGCCGUUCGUCUGCCGCAUCUGUGGGAAGAAGUACACGCGUAAAGACCAGCUGGAGUACCACAUCAGGAAGCACACGGGCAACAAACCCUUCCACUGCCACGUCUGCGGGAAGAGCUUCCCCUUCCAGGCCAUCCUGAACCAGCACUUCCGUAAGAACCACCCGGGCUGCGCCCCCCAGGAGGCCCACAGCGCGUCCCCCGAGACCACCACCGCCUCUGUCACGUCCCGGGGCGGCCCCAGCGAUGACGCCUCGCCCAGCCAGGACGAGCCCGAAGGCAGCGGCGGGGGCCCGUACGGCGAGGGGCCGCAGGCGUCCGUCUCCACCACAGGGCCCGACUGACCCUGAAGGGCCCGACUGACCGCGAGGGGCCCCCGGACGCCUCGGGGUCUGAACUGAGACGUUUCUGGGCUUUAAACCACAUCUACCUUCACUAACCAAACGGACAGAUUAAGCUAAAAUGAAGUAACGCCACACACUCCAACAACCUCACGCACCUCCGGCCACUUUAUGUUACAGAUUUCUACUUUUAUAUUAUAGGUUUUACAGACAGGGCUGGGUCUAAGAAAAUCCAUUCUCUGAUUCCCAUCGGUCUCCGUUUGAAUGAUCUGAUAGAGAGAGGGACUAAAACAGAAGCUCUUGCAGUUUUCUUUAAAGUUUUGGUUGCUUUUUCCAACAUUUUCCCAACUUUUUACCCUCCUUUUACCUAAACCCUGAGUUGGAUGUUUUAAAUCUAGAUGUUGGUACAUCUGAAACUAGACGCUCUAAGGAUCCACGUCAGGAUGAAUAACGCUUUUUUGACGUUUUUGUGUCCGACAGACGUCGGCCUCGGAGUCUGAACUGAGACGUUUGUCGGCUUUAAACUCACACUUCAACACGCACCUCUGCCGACUUUAUAUUACAGAUUUCUACUUUUACGGUUUGUCAUUUUUUAAACUUUUGGAACUGUUGGACGUUUUUUUUGUUUUUCUUUUUUUUGAAUCUCUUCCAUAUUUCAUAAGUUCUACAACUGGUAUAGUAACUCAAAUAUAUCCCUGAUCCAGUGGAUCUGAAAUGGAGUCGGACCGUUAUGAAUCUGAGAGAAUGGAUGCCCAGCCCUGAACAGGUUUUAGGUUCACAACAGUCCGUCUGCUGGAAACGUUGCCAAACUCCUCAGUGCCAGUUUCAAAUGUUUCAAACAUUUCAACACUUGCUUCAUAUUUGCCUCGAGACAAUCUGGAGCGGCUCGGUUUCUAAUAAUAAUAAUAAUAAUCCUGCGCGCUCUUUACAGUGCCACGUGGGCUUUAAAAACAUUUGGUUGCACAAAAAACUUCAGAGAGAAGAAAACGGCUUUACGGCUGUUAAAGUUCAGUUCUGGUGUGAUCGAGUUUCUCAUCUUUUGUGACGUUAAAACUAAUUUCUUUCGUAUAAAAAAUAAUCUUAGUCCUGAUCGCAGAGAGCAUCUUUAUGUCUGCAACCAGGGUCCAGAAUUAACUCUCGCCAGGCGCCAAAUCUCUCCCGUUUGAGAGUUAUCGGCCACAUGGUGGGUAAAUGUUUUUGCCAAAAUAGUCUUUAUUUUGGGGAAGCUGCAGCUAGUUUCUUCUGUUUCUCUGCUAUCAGAGCGACAGGCAGGCAGACAGGCAGGCAGGCAGACAGGCACUUCUGUUUCCUGUUAGCUAGCGUUUAGUUCGGGCUAAUAAAUUAGGAAAGAAUGUGGUGAUUUUUGGCGAGCCAGCCAGGCUUUUAAAAGAAAAAAAGCAGGAUGAAAACGGAGGAUGAACCAGCAGGACUUGCAACCCCGAUGUAUGGUAGAAAACA